ACAUACUGCAGUACUACCAGUGGCACCAGGCCAUCAUGAUCUAUUCAGACGAUGAGUUUGGGCACAAUGGCAUAGACGCCCUCACAAACAUCCUCAUGGCUAAGUCGCAGCAGCUGCCGCUGCAGUUCUCCAACAAGGUAGCUCUGGACCCGCGGGCCACCAAUGAAGAGAUAACGCAGCUGCUGCGCGCCAUGCAGUCCUCCGAGACCUCCGUCUUCGUCGUCCACGUCGCCUCCUCCAACGUGCUCUUCCUCCUGGACGAAGCGCAGCGCAUGGGGCUGAUGAGUGAGGGGUACGUGUGGAUAUCCACCGAGGGAGCUAUCUCCCUUCUCAUGGGCGCUAACAUGAACUCCACCUACCUCAGCUCUCUCACUGGCAUGGUGGGCACACGAGUGGCCAUUCGGGACAACCCGCGCUUGCUGGAGUUCAAGAGGCGAUGGAAGAACCUCGACACCGUCAAGUACCCCGGCUCUGGCACUGACACUGUCUCCCCCUACUCACUGCUUGCCUAUGAUGCCUUCUGGGUGGCGGCCCGUGCGCUGCACAACCUCUCCCACCUGCCAGGCGCCAGCUUUCCCUUCCGCCCGCGCCGCCCUGUUCUGCCCCCGGAUGGUGGGGGAAGCACUGAUUUUGCGCGGCUCAAAGUCAGCAAGGCUGGCGUGAGGAUAUUGGAGGAGCUUGUCAAGACUAAGAUGGAUGGAAUCAUUGGAAAGGUUGCAUUUGACGAGAACCACGACCGUGUGGGAGUGAGCUACGAGGUGGUCAAUCUGGUGGCGUCAAACUUUGAAACGCUCGGUUACUGGGAGCAGGGCAAGGGUCUCGUGGCUGCCCCUUCGAAAGAGCCAUCCAACACCACCCUCAAGCCUGCUGUGUGGCCUGGCAAUACCUCCAAGUUCCCCCGUGGCUGGUUACCAUCCAAAGGCAAGGCGUUACGCAUUGCAGUCCCAUUCGGCCCUUCGGCUGUGGAGCAGUAUGUGAGCCGCACUCCAGAUGGCAACUUCUCAGGCUUAUGUGUGGAGGUGUUUCAGCGAGCCAUGGCGCUGCUGCCAUACCCAGUGGGGUACUCACUCGUGGCAUAUGACUUCAGGGGGAGCUCCUACGAGGACCUCAUUCGUCGCGUCGCCAACAAGGAGUAUGACGGGGCGGUGGGCGACAUCACAGUCACAGCAGACCGCGCUCAGAUUGUGGACUUCACACAGCCCUUCAUGGAGUCAGGGCUGGGGCUGGUGGUGCCGGUGCUGCAGGGCGACCCAGCCAACCCCUGGGCGUUCCUGUACCCGUUCACAGGGAGCAUGUGGGCGCUCAUGAUCGCAUCCAUAGUCUUCACCGCGGCUGUCAUCUGGUACCUCGAGCACAACCAGAACCUUGACUUUGGCGGAGGGCCGUACCACCACCAGCUCACCACCAGCCUCUGGUUUUCCUUUGCUAGCAUGGUUCGCUCACAAGAGCAGCACGUGGGCACAGUGCUGGGCCGCUUCGUGGUGAUUUCGUGGCUCUUUGUGGUUCUCAUCGUCACCUGCAGUUACACCGCCAAUCUUACCUCCAUCCUCACUGUUAACAACCUCACUCCCCCUGUACAGUCCCUGGCAGCAGUGAUCACAUCGGGCUCCGUCGUGGGCUAUCUCAACGGAUCCUUCUCCGAGAAGCACCUGCUGGGCUUUGGCGUCCGCAGGAAGCAGCUGCAGCCACUCAACAGUGUGGACGAGUACGCAGAGGCCAUGCUGAACGGCACAGUCGUGGGGGUGGUGGACGAGCGUCCCUUCCUGGAUCUCAUUCUCACGCAAGACUGCACAUUCACCACAGGGGACGCCGAUAUUUCCACCCUCGGAUGGGCCUUUGCUUUUCAGAAGGGGUCAAAUCUGGCCGUUGAUCUGAGCAAGGCCAUCGCCCAGCUGAGCGAAACAGGCCAGCUGCGAUCCAUCCACAGCAACUACGUGCCUAACAACCUGACGUGCAGUGGGGACGCCAGCGGGCAAUCAUCGGAUAGUCUGGGAGUGGAGGGGUUUCAGAACCUGUUCAUUCUCUACGCUGCCAUGGCCACCUUCGCCUGCCUCAUGUACCUCGGUGUGCUGCUCUACCGCGGCCACCUCGCCAAGAAGGAGUUGGAGGAGGAGGGAGAGGAAGUGAGUGGGGGCAUGUCUGCGAUCAAGGCGAAGCCAUGGAUGAACCCUUUCAAGCACUUCAUCUACCUCUAUAACCUCGGUGUGGCAUGGAGCAUUGCUCGCAAUAUUGAAUGUGACGAGGACGAGCCGUUUUAUGACGCAGACACGUUUGAUGUGUACGAAGGCACAUCGUUCAACCAAUCAGAUCGAGAUGCUGCUGCCGGAGAGAUUUUGCCCGCGAGAUUGCUGCCGUCGCAGAUUAAGAACAAGCAGAAGCGGUCGGCAGUGACGGCGAAGCUUCGCGCGGAGAAGGAGAAGGGGAAGAAGCAGCGGCUGAAGCGGCGGCGGCAAGAGGAGGAACGCGCAGUAGCGCUUGGGGAAGCGGCCCCACCGCGGAAGGUAGCUCGCACCAUCGACAGCACGCGGGAGGUGGACGAGACUAUAGCGCAGCCCGACGACGACGAGGUGACUAUAACGGGGGAGGAGUUUGGCCUACAUGCAGACGAGGCACAGGACGAGUUCGCGCCGCACUUCAACCGAGAGAGGCCGCCCAAAGUGCUCAUCACCACAUGCCAACGGAUACACCCGACAAUGAAGCAGUUUAUAAAGGAGCUUUUAGUGGUCAUUCCAGGGUCGGAGUACUAUGAGAGGCGGCAAUAUCGCAUCAAGGAGGUGCGUGUCAUGGCUACAGCACGAUCAACAACGCCUACCCCUCCCUCCCUUCCCCUUGCUGGGAGUGCAGAUAGUGCAAUAGUGCAGUACGCAUCAGCGAGGGACUACACCGCAAUGAUUGUGGUCAACGAGAAUCGGAACAAGCCAAGUGGGUUGCUGAUUCACACGUUCUGUUCUGGCAAGCGGUUUGAUGCACUCAUGCUCAUUGGCCUGCCAGAAGGCCCCACUGCUCUCUUCAAGCUCUCACAAGUGAUGCAUGCAAGCACCAUCCCACCUCCCUUGUCUCUCCCCCCACCUCCCCCAUCCCUCCCCCCCCCACCACCAGAUGCACUCAUGCUCAUUGGCCUGCCAGAAGGCCCCACUGCUCUCUUCAAGCUCUCACAAGUGAUGCAUGCAAGCACCAUCCCACCUCCCUUGUCUCUCCCCCCACCUCCCCCAUCCCUCCCCCCCCCACCACCAGAUGCACUCAUGCUCAUCGGCCUGCCAGAAGGCCCCACUGCUCUCUUCAAGCUUUCCAGUCUCGUCCUGAGGAAAGACAUCAAGAAUGCAGGGCGGGCAACAGGGCACCUCCCAGAGCUUAUUCUCAACAACUUCUCCACACGCCUGGGACACCGAGUGGGACGUCUGCUGGCGUCUCUGUUUCCGCAGGACCCGGAGUUCAAGGGCAGGAGAGUGGUCACGCUGCACAACCAGCGCGAUUUCAUCUUCUUCCGCCACCACAGGUACAUAUUCGAAGAUCCGGAGAGUAGAGACGAGUCGCUGGGGUUGAGAAAGAAGAAGGCGAGGGAGGAGAAGGAGAGGGCGGGCCUGCUGAAGCGCAAGAAAGCGGCGGAGGCGGCGGCAGCAGGGAAGAAGACUGGCAGCUUGGGCGCCUCUCUGGGCAUUUUCACGCGCCUGCAGGAGUGUGGUCCGCGAUUCACUCUCAAGCUUAUGAGUGUGCAGCGGGGGACGUUUGACUCAAAGGGAGGAGAGUACGAGUGGGUGUACAAGGUGAGUCACUUCGUGAUGGUGGGUGUACAAUGUGGGUUCCUUUUUGCGAGUGGAGGUGAGUUUCUUUCUGUGAGUGGGUGUGCAGGGUGA